AUGUCGACCUGUGUGCGCCUGUGCUGCAUCGUUUUUCUUUCAUUUUCCUUUGUCGUAUCUGCUGUCCCGUUGAACGAACAUAAUGGCACCCAAUACACGACACCUAACGCCGCCAACGACCGACGAACCCGAGUCAUUACGACAGUGGCUCUGGUAUUCUCCUCUCUGAGUAUGUCAGCUUCCCUGGUUGCCUUCUUCUGGGUUUGUCGCAUGGAAAAACAAUUCCGCCAUCGGCUUCUUAUGCUCUUGAUUUGCGGUGACCUGAUACGAGCAUUUUGUUUCGUUGUUGGAGCAAUUGUAAUGCUGGCUCGGGGGCCUGUGGAGAGCACGUCGGCAUAUUGCCAAUCGAGCGGGUUCUUCAUAGCGUUUGGGACGGAGAUAAGUGAUUUUGCUGUUCUCAUGAUAGCCAUACAUACCGCACUCCAGGUCUUUCGGCCCUCCGGUCAAGCGCCUUCGGAAGGUCUACAUCCGUACAAGUACUAUGUUUACGCAUGUGUCUUUUGCGCCCCGACAAUAUCAGCAAGCCUAGCUUUCCUCAACACUCAAGGAGCGUAUCGCUUGCAGGGCGCGUACUGCUUGCUUCCAACCCGCCCGUUCUGGUACCGGCUAGCCUUGACAUGGAUUCCGAGGUACUGUAUCAUAUUCGUCAUCAUCAGCCUGGCCAUUGCAAUUUAUACAUAUGUUGGGUGGGAGUUUAAGAACUACAACGCAAUGAGCCGGAAACUUGGAUACACUUUGAACAAUGACCUUACGCGAAACAGCAUCAAUAUUCGCGCGUCUCAAACCAAAGCAUCACUCUUCGGUGAUGAUUACAUGCCCAGCGAAGAGCUUGCAACCCGUCCCGCAAGUAUUAUGACGCAGCAAAAAAGCUCAGGCUCGCACUCACGGCGUACUUCGACCACGUCUCAGAAAGCUGUGACUGUACCGGAGCGUAGAUAUUCAACUUCGUUGACCUGUAACGAGCUUUGUGGAGCACCAGGACCAACGUCUACCCUUGCCGCCUCCACCAGCCCCACCACUUCAUCCUUCGUGCGAAGCACACGACGUUUCCAUGCACAUGGCAAGCACAGCGGCCCGGCCCGGCCACCGCUAGUCUCGAUACCAAGUGGGCAGACUGUCGGACAGGUCGAAUAUAACGAUAGUUUACACCCAUGCGUGUCGUCAUCGCAUACAGACAUACUGAGCGCUAGCACUCCGACGCUACAUGCCUUUCCAGGGGCUGCUAGCACACCGGAGCUUGGGCUGUUGGAGCCACCGUCUCCAGGAUUUAACCGCAUGAUUCGCCAGCGCGCACGCAUCCACUGCCAACUACGCCUUACGUUCAUCUAUCCGAUAGUGUAUACAUUAAUGUGGGUGGCACCAUUUGUAUACCACUGCAUGAUGUACAACGACUAUUAUGCGCGGAAACCGAUAUGGGGGAUACGGUUGGCAAAUUCGUUUUGCAUUGUGAGCAUGGGAUUUGUGAAUUGCCUAGUCUUUUCGCUGCAGGAGAAGCCAUGGAGAGGGAUAGCGACGAGCGACGGCACGCUGCUGGGCAGUUUUUUCGUUUGGAACGGAAGAAACGAUAGAUGGACUCGCCGAUUGCGUGGCCGAUCGCGGUCGGCUGGGGCUGGUGGGGCACCGCGGGGCGAGGUGGCUCAACGGUCAUUAUCCGACGGGGGGCUACAUGGACCCAGGCGGAGUAUAGGGUCGAGCGCAGGGUUCUAUGGGUACUCGCGCGUUGAGAAGAAUUGGGCUCGGGAGAGGCUCGAGUGGGAGAGGGAAGAAAGAUUCCGGGUGCUGCGGGAAAGGGCCAUGAAGGGAGACACGACCAGUACACGGAGGCAUUCGAUGUGCGAGAGUAGUUUCUGUGGAGAUGGCGAGCAUGACUUUGUGCACGACGAUAAUGACGGAGAAGAAAUGACGGAUUGGAAUAUCGAGAAGCGGCAUGAGGGCGCGAAAAGUCCGGAUGUGCAUGCCAAAGGCAGUGAUAUGAAUUCUUGA